AUGAUCUUCAUCCUUUCAGGGUCUAGGGAUGCAUGCAUAGAAGUAUCAGUUGUAGUUCCCAAGGCCAUCGUAGCAGCUUUUUGGUUUUGGGACCAAUCAGUUGCUGGGAGCAUCUCUCUCAUAUCUCUCUCUCUUCCAUCUCUCUCUCUCUUCUAUCUCUCUUCUAACAAACAAGGCCUUAGCUUUGAAACUCUCACUUUGGAGUCAACAAGUGGCUCUCCCAUCUCAUUUCCAAAAACUGGAUGUGGACAUAGAAGUACUAUUUCAUCUAAGGGUCGAAGCUCUGGCAUAAUAGGUCUUGGAGGUGGAGCCAUAUCUCUAAUAACUCAAAUCGGUUCUUCAAUUGAUGGGAAAUUCUCCUAUUGUUUGGUGCCAAUGUUUUUAGCGUCUAACUCCUUGAGAAAACUCAAAUUUGGGGACACUGCUAUUGUUUCUGGAGAAGGAACUGUGUCAACUCCCAUUUUUCAAGGUGAUGUUGAUGUCUUUUACUAUAUAACCUUGGAAGCAAUUAGUGUGGGAGACAAGAGAAUAGAAUUCGGAAGCUCUUCCUUUGAAUCUGGUCAAGAGGGAAAUAUCAUAAUUGACUCGGGCACAACACUGAAUAUAUUUCCAGAUGAUGUUUACUCCAAUUUGGAAUCAGCGUUGGUGGAUGCGAUGAAAGAAGAGCGUGUUGAAGAUCCAAGUCAACAAAUGAGCCUUUGUUACCAAAUUUCAUCAAAACAAUUGGAAAUUCCUACUUUCACUGCACAUUUUAAGGAUGGAGAUGUCACUUUGAAUGCUCUCAUCAGUUUUGUUCAAGAUGCUGAUAGAGUUCGAUGCUUCGCAUUUGCCCAUUCUCAAACUGAUGCCAUCCUUUGGAACUGGGCACAACAAAGUUAUCUCCUUUAA